UUCAGCUACUCCAAAAUAAAGACUUGAGAAACACCAAACGGAAACCCACUGAGCAGAAAAAUCGAAAAACUUCGGCGGCGAUUCCAUUGGAACGAGAGGGAGAGAGACGCUUGAUUUAGCAGUAGUAUAUCAGAUACAGAGAGAGGGAGAGACAGAAUGGUGUAUAUAACGUCGUGGGAUGAUUUUGUGGAGAGAUCCGUACAGUUAUUUCGCGCUGAUCCCGAGAAAACUCGCUAUGUGAUGAAAUACAGACAUUCUGAAGGUAAAUUGGUUCUCAAGGUCACUGAUGAUAACGAGUGUAUCAAGUUUAGAACUGACCAAGCCCAGGAUGCCAAGAAGAUGGAGAAACUUAACAACAUUUUUUUCACCUUGAUGGCUCGUGGUCCAGAUGCUGAUAUAUCAGAAGUGGGUGGCAAAGAACAAAUGGAGGCACAGGCACCUAAGAAGGGGAGAGGAAGGAAACAAUAAUUUUUUGAGGAUUGGUUUUUUGCAAUACUUAUUGCUGAAGAUAUUUUUGAAGCCUGCAAGGAAUUUUUUCCCAACGUUUUGUAUUAUUAGUGGAACAGAUCUCUUUGCUUCUGAAGAUAGUCCUUUUCCUGGUUGGUUUCUCUAUAUAAUUUGCAACCUCUGGCCUCGUAGUUUCUUUCCUUCUGCAGAGUUAAAACUUCGGAACAAUUAACUCGAGUAGACAAAUGUUAUCCAACUAGUCUUGUUUUUGCAGAUGUGAUGAUACCCUAAUUCUAAAAUUA